CAACACACAUCACAAUAUUAAAUGUCAUCCUACCGGUUUAGAUAACGAUCUUGUAACCGGUCUUUUUUUGGGGUAUUCAAUAAUUUGAUGAUUAUAUACUACAAGUUAUAAUUGCGAAACUAAUUCCACUUCAAAAAUGGUCUAUUAGAUUUUUUUUUUUUUUUAACUAAAAUUUCCCUCUUGCUUCAAGGAAAACUAUAAUCAAUUCAAUAAUUCACAAACACAUCAAAUGAUUAGGGGAUCAAAGAACUAAGCUUAAAGAGUUACCAAUCUGUCGGCGUCCAACUGACUUUUUUCAUAGUCUUUUUAACUUUCAUUAUAGCUUCUCACCUUUCUCUUGCUUCCCCUGCAACCCUCAAAAAUUUAGAAAAUGACUAUUUGUGUUUGUUCAUUAAUCAUUCAUUAAUCCAUUAGUUUUAUAAUCUAGAAAGCAAAAUAUUUUUUAAACUUAAAUCUACGUAUGGUAAAUGGUAAACGAAAUUGAAAACUACAUCAUAUACGAAAUUGAAAACUACAUCAUAUACGAAAUUGAAAACUACAUCCACCUUUCUCUUGUGGUAGUCUAUACUUUAAAUGGUAAAAGAAAUGGAAAACUGCAUCAUAUAUACCUAAACCCAGAUAUGGCUGGUAGACUUUAAAUCAUAUAAUGCUUAAUCGUUAUAGUGAUUACUAUAAGAACUACAAAAGGACUUUCCCCAUAUGCUUUAAAACUUCAAGUUCACGUCCUUGUAUCUUAAUUAAUAAAGGUUAAAAGUUACGUAAUAAUCCCAUCAUCCGCCCCUUCCUGUGUAUAUAUAGUCCCUGGCUAGAUCUCUCUCUCCUCUUUCAAUCUGUAAUAAUAUAUUUCUUCUAACCACAUGAAUUCUUUUAUCACGUUUGCUCUUCUCUCUCUUCUUCUGGCACUAAACUCAAACCCGUCGUAUGCCUCCGGGCGCAACCACACAGACGAUACAAACGCGUGUAGGGUGACGCGAUACAGCAGGUACAUUAAAAACGCGUGCAGCGUAACGCAAAACCAACAGCUAUGCUUUCGAACGCUAUGGCCGUUUGCAAUCGUCGCUAAAAACAACUCGAGCAAGUGGGCCCGAGCUAGCGUCGCGGUGACCAUAACGGACACGAAACAGAUCCUAAGACUCUUGCUGAAAACGCGGAGUUCGGCGGUUGGGAAACGCGAGAGAGUCGCGUUAUCGGAUUGUCGAGAGCUAUUCGUGGACUCCCUUGGCAAUCUCUACAAGUCACUCGCCCUUCUCCGGAAACUGGACGCCGACGAGUUUCAGCAGCAGAUGAGCGAUCUCGCCACGUGGUUAAGCUCUGCACUCACGGAUGAGGACACGUGUCUAGAUGGGUUUGAGGAGACGUCGAUUAGAUCGUCGACGGUGAGAAUGAUUCGGAGGAGAGCGACAAGGUGUAUGCAGUUAUGCAGCAACGCUCUGGCGAUACUGAGCAAGCUUGCUUAUGAUGGCUUGUAGUCUACGCUAUGGGCUUUAUCUUUUUUUUUUUUUUGAAUGAAUACGCUAUGCGCUUAUUAUUGUGAUAACAACAUAUUAUUAUUACACACGAUGAAUUAUACUACAUUUAAGCAAAUUAUCAUGGAUUAAUGAUUUCAUAGUAUUUACUCCGUUUUUUCUGGUCUCCUCUUUCUCUAUUUAUCGAAUUUUGUUUUUUAUACACAGAUGUAUGAUUGAUCAGUCAAACCGAAAUAUUCAAACAUCUUAUAGCCA